CUAUGAUCCUCAGCUGCAGUAUAUCAGUUAAUUAGAUGGCUAAUUUGUGUAUUAAAUAAACAUCUGAUUUGAGAAUUAGCUAUUUUACUUGAAAGGUGGAUUUUGGACGAAACCUUGAAAGCAACAUCCCGCCCGUCUUCGUUUCCUGGAAGGAGGAAACAGCCAAUAACCUCUGGCAGAGAGAGCCAUACAAGAAGAGGCGACCCGGCGACCGCAGCAGGCUGCCACUUCUCUGCUACCGGGCUAAUAUUACCGUGUUUCGGACCCUUUAACUGGGAGUUAAGACAUUAACCAGAUGCCUCUAUGAUCCAGCUAACAUCACAGCGAGAUAUACAGUGUUCAGUUUGCACAAGCACGAGUUAAUAUCCCUCAUUUGCCAUCACAGCACUGUCUGUGUCUGAAACCCUGUCCUCUGUACUUUGACUCUUGAAAUCUACAUAAACUACUGCAGGCUGCUCCUUCGAGGUGAGCCAUGGCUGACCCGAACUCCACCCGCCCCCAAAGGAAGAUGUCCACCGCUGGGGAGAGUGUGUACAAGGUGCUAGGGCUGGAGAAAGGAGCGUCAGCCGAGGACAUCAAGAAAGCAUACAGAAAACUAGCCCUGAAGUAUCACCCGGACAAGAACCCAGACAACCCGGAGGCAGCGGAAAAGUUUAAGGAGAUCAACAACGCCAACUCUAUUUUAAAUGAUGAGACCAAGAGGAAGAUUUAUGAUGAGUAUGGCUCCAUGGGCCUGUAUGUGUCCGAACAGUUUGGAGAGGAAAGUGUCAAAUACUACUUCCUCAUGUCCAAAUGGUGGUUUAAGGGUCUGGUACUGUGCUGCACACUGUUCACCUGCUGCUGCUGUUGCUGCUGCUGCUGUUUCUGCUGUGGGAAGUGUAAACCACCGGACGACGAUGAAAGCUACCACUAUGUCGACCCCGAAGACCUGGAGGCUCAAAUCAAAGCAGAGCAGGACGGAGGUAACACAGUAAUCAUAGGCCAGCCCACAUCUAAUCUUGGCCCAGAAAACCCAGAAGGCCAGACUCAGCCCAUCCCCCUGCCCAUGCCCAUGCCAAUGCCUCCACCUGAGCCCCAGGCACCGACCUCAGCCAACCCAGCAGGGGAAGAAAACCCUGGAGAGACCUUACCAGAGUCGAAAUGACUCGAAAGUGAUGGUGUAGAUGAGCCUCAACAAGCAGAAGCAGCCUUUCAAGUCCUCAUUACGACCCAGCCACAUUUGACUGCUGCCAGAGAUCCAGAGACCCAGAGACCAGCCAGCCCAGGCCCACGCCGAAAUCCUCCCCCCUCAACCUUCUUCAUCUACCCACUGGACAUCACCUGUAAGGUGGGCACUUAGAGGCUCUUUUCCCCCUCCAUGGACCUCACAGUAUGGAGGAGUAUUCAUGUAAAUUAAACUAUGAGCUGGGCUCUGGCAACGCUCAGACCCUCAUCGAAAAAUUAAUGUCAUCUAGUAAAUACAAGGCAACCAGCCUCUCUCCUUCCAGCUUGCCAUAGUCCAACCUGGGCUGGAUGUGACCUUGGUAGUGGCCCAGUUAUCCAGGGCUUGGCAACAAGUUACUAAUCUGUUCUGGUCGUCCCAUUCCAACCAGUAAGGAUGUGACACUGGGCAGGAAGAUGGCAAAAACGGGGGAACAUGAGGGCAAAAAAAACAAAAAAACAUGAUGGAAAGUUACCAAUCCAGGCAAGGACUGGAGUUCUCUUUAUCUCUCUCAGUCCCAUCCCUCCCUGUGUCCUUCUGAUGUGGACUCUGUUUGUGACCAGCAGGAGUUUUUCUUUUUUCUUUUUUCUUUUAUUACAUUUCUCCCCCUUUAACUUGUUUUGGAGUUUCCCUCCAAAAAAAGGCACCAAGGUUGAUGGUAAAGUAACUCCAUUAUGGAAUUGGAUGACGCCUGUGAUGUGUAGAAAUCAUCAGAAGCCAGCAGCGAAACAGAAACCACGCGUUCAGACCGUCGAUGACGAUGUGGAAUACCAAUAUUUUUUCUCCUCUUCUUCCUCCCGUCUUCUUUCAAGGAACAGUCGCCUUCAGUUCAAUUUUGCAUCACUGCCCGCUCACAUUCAUUCAUGCACCAAAACUCUUGAUGCCAAGUGUGGUGGUAACAAAAGAAUUCUUCAAAGGAUGGAGGGUCAAUACUACAUUUCAUUUCAAACAAAUGCACAAUCUGAGAGAUGCGACAGAGCAGAGGAGCCUGCAGUGACUGAUGUUCACAGAUUGUCUUGUUUAAAUGUCUGAGCCAAAACCUGGGGGCAGAAGAUUUAGAUCAGGACUAGAGUCGAGGAUUACGUCCCCAAUGUGCAUGCAUUUCUUUUUUUUUUUUUUUUUUUUUUCUUUUUUGUCCGGAUGCAUGCCUCCAACUGUACAGCACUGGAAUACAUAUCCCAGAACUACAGACAUGCAAACUCUGGUUACACACAUCCUGUAUACAAACACACACUUGUACCAGCCCGUAUGUCAUUGUGUGCCAUCCUCGGCAAAAAAAAGAAAAUAUAACCCCGCCCCCUUCCGGCAUAAUCUAUAUCUUUAAAUGGACGACAACAGAUGCCAUAAAAUGGAAAAUAAAUGAAGCGCUGAAGCUAUAACUAGAAAAGACUUUUAAUUAAUGUUUUGUCAGACCUACAUGACUGCGCUCAUUCUUUUGUUGUUUGGUAGACCAAAGCUUGCAGCUCCAUGUAGCCAGCCAGCCCAUGGUGAGACAGGUGGAACGCCAUUUCCUCCAUAAGCUACAGUUCAGUUUGUCAAAGUUGUUUGUAUAAUAUGCAUUUAGGUCUAUGCACCUCGUGACGUGAGUCUGUUGCCAUUUUUUUUUCAGUCUCAGUUCAGUGAAGUGUAAAUCUUCUUUUGUUCCUGUUUUUGCUUCCAGAAAAAAACAACACAAACCAUCAACUUUUAAGUUACUUGAUAAUAAAUAACCUCAGGUCCAGAUUCACUAAGACUGCAUUACAAGGGCAAGCUAUAAUUUGAUUGCAUUGAGGUUUUUGGGUUUUUCGUUUAAUUCGCAGGAUGUUUUUUUUUUUUUUUUUCUUUUCCAAUUUAUUUGUGGCUCUUGAACAGAGCACAGAGCAAUCGACCAUCUUUAUUGCAGAUUUUAGGCACUCGCAUUAAGUCCUGCAUCUUUUCACUCAAAUGUGUUGAAUUUCCAGGAUAGAAAACCCUCUCCUCAAUGUGACAGUGCUGUGCCUUGAACAAUAAUCGCAGCAGUGAACGAACAACAUUUUGAUGUCACCUGUGCACCUGUUUUGUAGCUGUUGCUGUCUUGUUUAGCGUGAUGUCACCCAUAAAUAUUAAAUAUAAUGUGGAAAGGAUAAUCAGAUUACAUUUGUUGGUGAUAAGCAUGGUUCCCUCAUUUGCUGAUUGUGGUCAGUUGUUGUUGCUCCUCCCUGUGCAAAACCUUUAGUGAAUCUGGAUCAGUGUUGGUGCUUCAGCUCCUUGAACUGCACAGUGAUCACAGCCACAACAGAUCUUCAUUAGAGUUUUAUAAAUCUGGUCUCAAACUAACAUUUUCUCUUUUUUAUUUAAAUCCCAUUUUCUCUACACUGGGUGUGUUCACUCAAGGUUUAAGUUGGUUUUAUUUGACAUUUUCUCUUUUGGAUUUGGGUCUGAUUAUUAGAGAGGAGCGUUCACUCAUCAGUCAUGGGUAAUUGGUCAAAUGCUCAACUUUAGGGCUGCAGCUAAUGAUUAUUACCAGCUGUGUGUGUGUGUGUGUGUGUGUGUGUGUGUGUGUGUGUGUGUGUGUGUGUGUGUGUGUGAGAUCAUGUGAUCCUGGAGAAACCUUAUGUAGCGUGAUCUACUACAGAGGAGGUUUUGAGUACUUUGGUAGGUGUUUAUAUGUCUGUCUGUCCGUGGACAAAUUUCAUCAGCGCAACGUCAUAAAACUUUACAGGUGUGUAGUCGAGAUCAAAAUGAAGGCCGAGUUUGAAGAUGGGUGUGGCCCAACCCAUGAGUCCUAAGUAUUCAUGUAAUAAUGUGGUUAUAAAACUACUCAUGGGUCAGAGCGUCAACAUGUUGACAGCAGCUGGUGUGAUUCCCUCACAACAUGGUUUUCUUUAUCUAUUGUUACUGUCUACAAAAUGUAAACAAAGUCACAGUUUACCAGAGCAAAGAGAUUCAGCAAAGAAACGCACAUUUUUAUACUUUGGUUUUAAUAUGGAACAAACAAACAAGAUAUAACACGCUUCCUUUAGCUUCAUGUAUAGACAUGAGAGUACAAGCAAGAAAGCAAAUAUAGAAAACAAGUAUAUUUGCCAAAAUGUGUAACUGUUCCUUUAAUUGGGCUCAUUUGAAAAGAAAAAACAUGUAUAGUUUUUAAGAUAUUUGAUAAAACAAUUUGUCCCAGGAACAUUUGCAUUAUUAUGUCUCUAUUAAUUCUAUCAAACCUGAGUUAUUGUCCAGGGAGGAGUUUGUUCCCAGUUGGUAAAUUUUUGUUAUAUAUAUAUAUAUUAUGAAAUAUUUUUCCUCUUUAAUGAAAGGGUGAAAUUUAAAGGUUCAUUCUUUGUUUUUCUCCCAUGAUAAAUUAAGUCCAUUAAAUGCACUGUUACACUUCAGUUAACGCUGCUUCAGUAUUUCCUGAUGAACUGCAGUAAACUAAUGUAAUGUCAUUUUUUUUUAAAUUACAAACUCCACUUUGUCCUGGCUCUGUGUUUGAUGGAUCACAUAUCUGCUUGUCUGCAAACUUGAAGGUCAUUAAUUCAUCUUUUUUGCCAUCAAUAGCCAAAAUAUAAUUUCAAGAGCGUCUCAUAACAUUUCAGGUCUUUUGAUUUUUGUCUAACUUCAGAUCCUCUCACAUCAAAUCACUUCAGUAUAAAAGCAACAAGGUCAUGGAGCACUGACAGGAGAUGUGUUAUUUAUUAUUUUUUUAAUUGUUGUAAAUAAAUUAAAAUAAAACGGCAAAAUAACUGACAAAAUUCCUUUUUGUUGAUGGACAUGUUUUAUGAAUUAUUGUCUAUUUUAACAGUGUACAUGCAUUUUUAUUGUUAACUUUUUUUUAAUUUACUGUAUAUCUUAUAAAAAUACCAUAACUGAAAUCUAAUAUUACUAAAAGUGAUGGAGGUCAACUUGUUGAUCAACCUAGGUUUUAAAUGAUGAGCGCAGACUCUACGUUCAUGUGUGGCUACUUUAAAUCAGGCUCCAUGCUUACCUCUUAGUAUACACUGUGUCAAAUACAAACACCAUGCUAAUGCUUAUGCUAAAAACAGCUAUCGUGGAGCUAACGUUCUUCCAGGGAAAGAUGGAUGACUGUCCAGUGGUACAAUCUUUUCAAGAGUGUCAAGAAACUUAAAUUGAAUUGAACGUAAGAGUAGAACAACAUGAUUUUAUUAUUGUAGAUGAUUUUCUUUUCUUUUUUUUUCUUUUGGGCGUGUCACUCACUGUUGUAGUUCCCUGUGAACGAUCUGUAAAUGAGUUAUUAUGAAAUUCAACCAAAUAAAAAAAAAACGGGGAUUUUAUAACCA